AGACAGACUUUAUAGGGAGGGUCCCUGAGUAAUUGGUUAGCAUGUAAACAACAUUCAGAAAAUUAGUUAAUGUUAUGACUUUGACACGGUGAAUGUGGCUCGAAAGUGCUCCAGUCGCGACGCUGAAUGACGUUGUAUAGUCAAGAUGAUGCUAAUUUAAGGAAAUGCGUGAGACAUGGCUCUUCGGUGCUCAGAAGCAGCCACUCCCAGUGCCCCAUGGACAAAGCUAAAGGAUCUCAUUACAUAAAGAAGCAUUCAAUUUUAGGGGAAAUGGCACUGGCGUUGUCGACUAGGUUACGCCUGAGACGAUCCAGUCCCUUCCUCUGGGGUAUUGGAUUCUGCCUCGUCUGCUUCUUCUUUAUUGCUAUGCCUUCUUUCAACUCAGGUCAGCAGCGGUGCGACUGCCAUGGAAGCCACAAUGUGCCGAGAGUGGUGGACAGUCUGCCCAAGGCGCCCGACGGAUACAAGGCCAAUCCGCUGGACAAACACAACAUGGCCAUCCUCAUACCCUUUAGGGACCGGUUUGAAGAGCUUAUGGAGUUUGUGCCUCAUCUCCACAAUUUCCUAAAAUUGCAACGCAAAAAUCACCAUAUUUAUGUUAUAAAUCAGGUGGACAAUCUUCGCUUUAACAGAGCUUCACUGCUGAACAUAGGCUUCAAAGAGUCCAUGGACGCCUGUGACUACAUUGCCAUGCAUGACGUGGACUUGCUGCCCAUGAACUCUGCUCUGAUCUACGAGUACCCGGAGGAAGGUCCCUAUCAUGUUGCGGCUCCCCACCUGCACCCCAGAUACCACUACCCAACCUUCAUUGGGGGGAUCUUGCUCGUUAACAGGGAACAUUUCCGACUGGUGGACGGCCUGAGCAACAAGUACUGGGGUUGGGGGCUGGAAGAUGACGAGUUCUACGCCAGGCUGAAGGAGGCCAAGCUCACCGUCCGUCGUCCAGGGAAUCUCACCACAGGGACCAAAGACACAUUCAGGCACAUUCAUGACAGACGCGUCCGAAGACGUGACAUGAUCAAGUGCUACAACCAGCAGGAGGUGACACGGCGCAGAGACCGUCAGACUGGCCUGUCAACCAUCCGCUACCACAUCCAGAGCAGAAAGGAGAUGACGAUUGAAGGUGCUCCACUCACCAUCCUCAACGUCAUCCUGGAGUGCGACCGCAAUGUAACCCCCUGGUGUGACUGCACAGAAAACGUAGGCAACACGAAGCCAGUACACAAAGCAGAGAAUAGAGAGGAUGUGAUCGUGCCCAAACUGGACCGGAAAAAGCACAUUAGUCAUGACGGAUAGGGCUGGAGGACUGGGGAGGGGAAGGGAAGGGGGGAAAAGGAAGUAUUAGGGCACUUGUUUCAGUAGCUUUGGUAGUCUUCAGCAGUCGUCAUUGUUUAGGAACACAUCCAGGAAUCAUUAAAGUCAGCCUUUCACUUCAUUCAGCGUCAUAUAUGUCAGCCUUCAUAGAACGACAUCCGGGGAAGGAGUCGGCCAUUUUCCUUGAUCAUUUGUAAAGGUUGUUGCAAUAUGUAGUGAGUAGAUUUAUUUUAUUAUGUAGCUGUAUUGUACAUUUAUUUGUUACAUAUGUCCUUUAGUUGUGUAUAUGGCAGGAGUUUGAAAAAGAUUGUAUUUGAAAAGAUUUUAUGAUAAAGAGAGAACCUACUUGGCCUUGUGCAGAAUCUAGGAUUGUUUACCUGUAUCCAGGUAAACAGAAUAAAGAAAUGAAAAAAGAAUGACAUAUUUCCAACAGUCCUAGUGCUGGAAAAGAGGAAAUUGGAAC